CUUUCCAGGUGCUGGAGCCUCUCUGUCCCCACUCCCCAAGGCACCUCCCUGCCUUGAUGCAUCACCAAGUUCAGCCUCUCCUUGAGUCUGCUUCCGUGUCUCUUGCCAACCCUAUUUUCAGUGUCUUAUGUUCAGUGGCCUGUGGCAGAUCUAGGACACUCAGUGGGGUGAAGGGAAGAGGCCCCUGGCUGAUGGGCCCAAGAACAGGCCCCCAGCCUCCCUGAAGGACUCUGAGCAGAGCCUCCCCAAAGAUGCCUGGCUUCCUGUGUGCCUCAGGGUUCUCUUGGAGUUUCUCCCAAUGCCAGGGGUGGAGUUGGGAUGCUUAUAGGACAGAGCCUGGAGCCGGUUGGUCAGGAUUUCCAGGAAGAAUUCCAGGGUGAAGAAGAGAGGGACUCCUCAACUCCAGCUGAGCAGAUACCUCCACAAUGAGGGAAGGGGAUUCUCUGCGCCCUGGGGAGGGGGUCUGUUACCACCCAAGCCUAAGAACAAAGGCCAAAGCUUCCCCCAGAUACCCACAAGAAAACAAGAGAGUGUUCCUGCUCUGACCUCCCUGAUUCCAAACUUGGAGGGACCCUGGCAGCCAGGGGCAGCCCACCCAUGCCAGGGGCUGUGGAGCAACUGGAGGAAGAAGGUGGCACAGAUGGGCGGAGGGGUCAGAGGAUCUGGUAGAGCCGGCAGGUCAGGAGCCAGCUGGUGGAGCCAGUCUGAGGGCCUGGCUGCUGACGUCACUGUCUGCAGCCUGGGAUCCCAGGACUUCCCUUGGCUGGAGAAGUCCCAGGACCAGACCAUGGGCCAGUUUUCACUGGGCUGACCUGGCCCAGCUGCAGGGGAGCUCAGCAGCUGGGGCCUGUGAAAGCAAAGGCAGGCAGGCUGAGUUUGGGAAAAGAGGUUCUGCUGGGCAGUGGUGUGGGUGGGAGGGGGCUCCCUGCCCCAUCGUGUUAAGGGCUUCUCUCCUGGCUCCCCACACGCCCACUCUAGCAAGAAUCAGCCUGCUGUGGGGGGGUACCUCCGACAGGGGUACCGAUGCCUUACGUUUUCUCUUCAGCAGGAACAGACCCCUUCCCUCCCUAACCCCUGCCUCACCCCUGCAUCAUCUUGGUUCCUCGAAAGGGGAAAGGGGGUGGGCCCGUCCUUCUCUCCCCGCCCCUCCCUCCAGGCACAGCCCCAGGAAGCCUGGGGUGGGAGCAGGUUGGGGAGGAAGGUGGGAUGGAGCAACCACGCCGCCGAGGCUUCCCUUCCCAGCAGCCCGGCCCCGCCCUCCCCCCUCAUAAACCACGCACCGGCCCGCCCUAUACCUUCCACUCGCACGACGACGGCGUCCAGCCCGUCCGUCCCGUCCCAUCGGUCCCGACUUGUUUCACCCCAGCCGGCCCGGGGGCUCAGCGCUUCCGUCGCCCACUCCGCGGCCAGGUGAGGGGCUGCAGCUGGCACUGCGGUCCGGCCCCAGCCAGGAGGGGUGCGGACCAGCCGGUGCCUGUCAGCCCCAGCGGCGCUCCCGCCGAGGCCGAGACCCCGCCGCCGGGAUGAGCACAGGCUCCCGCACCUGCUGUGCCCGCCCCUCCCGGCAGCCCCGCGACGGGGUUUGCCCGACGUGGGGGACACGAAGGGCUCCCCGCCACCCCCCGGUCUUGCCGGGACCUUUGCGGGAGCGGGAGCGGGAGCCGGGGGCGGGUUCUGCUAAAAAAAAUGGGCGGUACCAGAAGCGUCGUGGACCAUUAGACAAAGGGGCCAGUGGGGACUCCCUAAAAGUGGUCAGCUAGUGGUGCAGGGAGCGGGCCCAGGGACGCUGGGGGCGCUUUUUCCGGGCCGCUGGGGCUGGAGGCCGUGACCAGUGCCCAUGAGGAACUAUGAGCAUUUUCUGGGAUGGGUCCUUGAGUGGAUUUCUCCAUUGAAUAUCUGGUUUGUGGGCGUUUGUGAGGGGCCAGAAGGGGGAAGUCUCUUCUCUGCAGUGUGAGAAGUUUCUCGGGCAGGCACCAUGACGGACAGUCCUCGCUUCGACGUGGGCCGCUGGGGCGGGAACCCUUGGCAGCCCCCUGCCACCCCAUCUCCAGAGGCGGAACCAGAGCCAGACAGACGUCCCCGCCGUUCCUUCUGGGCUCGCUGCUGUGGCUGCUGCUCAUGCCGAAGUGGGGCUGAUGAUGACUGGGGUCCCGAGACCCGUGGCGACCGGGGGACCAGCUCUGGGGGUCGAAGACCUGACUCCCGGGGCUCAGACUCCCGCCGGCCUGACUCCCGCAGGCCUGAUUCCCGCGGGCCUGACUCCCGGGGCUCAGACUCCCGCCGGCCGGGCUCCCGGGGCAGCGGUGUGAACGCAGCUGGAGACGGCUCCGUCCGAGAGGGCAUGCUGGUGGUGACUGGUGUGGAUUUGUUGAGUUCCCGUUCGGACCAGAAUCGCCGAGAGCACCACACAGACGAGUUCGAGUACAACGAGCUGAUUCUGCGCCGCGGACAGCCUUUUUGCAUGGUCCUCUCCCUGUCCCGGCCCUAUACGUCCUCGGAUAAUGUCACCCUGGAGCUGAUCAUCGGCAACAACCCCGAGGUGGGCAAGGGCACCCAUGUGAUCAUUCCGGUGGGCAAGGGGGGCAGUGGGGGCUGGAAGGCCCAGGUGAUCAAGGCCGACGGGCAGAGUCUGAACCUGCGGGUGCACACCUCCCCCAACUCCAUCAUCGGCAAGUUCCAAUUCACGGUCCGCACACGCUCAGAGGCCGGCGAGUUCCAGCUGCCUUUUGACCCCCACAACGAGAUCUACAUCCUCUUCAAUCCCUGGUGCCCAGAGGACAUUGUGUACGUGGACCAUGAAGACUGGAGGCAGGAGUAUGUGCUUAACGAGUCUGGGAGAAUAUACUAUGGGACCGAAGCACAGAUCGGCGAGAGGACGUGGAACUACGGCCAGUUUGACCACGGGGUGCUGGAUGCCUGCCUGUACAUCCUGGACCGGCGGGGGAUGCCGUAUGGAGGCCGUGGGGACCCGGUCAGCAUCUCCCGAGUCGUGUCUGCCAUGGUGAACUCGCUAGAUGACAACGGGGUCCUGAUUGGGAACUGGUCUGGCGAUUACUCCCGAGGCACCAACCCGUCGGCGUGGGUUGGCAGCGUGGAGAUCCUACUCAGCUACCUACGCACCGGCUCUUCCGUCCCCUAUGGCCAGUGCUGGGUCUUUGCCGGUGUGACCACCACAGUGCUGCGUUGCCUGGGCCUGGCCACACGCACUGUCACCAACUUCAACUCUGCGCAUGACACAGACACGUCCCUCACCAUGGACAUCUACUUUGAUGAGAACAUGAAGCCACUCGAGCACCUGAACCACGAUUCUGUUUGGAAUUUCCACGUGUGGAAUGACUGUUGGAUGAAGAGGCCGGAUCUACCCAGAGGUUUCAGUGGGUGGCAGGUUGUGGACGCCACACCCCAGGAGACCAGCAGUGGCAUCUUCUGCUGUGGCCCCUGCUCUGUGGAGUCCAUCAAGAACGGCCUGGUGUAUAUGAAGUACGACACGCCCUUCAUUUUUGCUGAGGUGAACAGCGACAAGGUAUACUGGCAGCGGCAGGACGACGGUAGCUUCAAGAUCGUGUAUGUAGAGGAGAAAGCCAUUGGCACACUCAUCAUCACGAAGGCCAUCGGCUCCAACAUGCGCGAGGACAUCACCCACACCUACAAGCACCCCGAAGGUUCAGAGGCAGAGCGGAAGGCGGUGGAGACAGCAGCUGCCCACGGCAGCAAACCCAACGUGUACGCCACUCGGGACUCAGCUGAGGAUGUGGCGGUGCAGGUGGAGGCCCAGGACGCAGUGACAGGGCAGGAUCUGAUGGUCUCUGUGGUACUGUCCAAUCGCGGCAGCAGCCGCCACACCGUGAAGCUGCAUCUCUACCUCUCCGUUACCUACUACACCGGCGUCACGGGGCCCGUCUUCAAGGAGAACAAGAAGGAAGUGGUGCUGGAGCCAGGGGCCUCGGAACGCGUAACCAUGCCCGUGGCCUACAAGGAAUACCAGCCCCACCUCGUGGACCAGGGGUCCAUGCUGCUCAACGUCUCGGGCCACGUCAAGGAGAAUGGGCAGGUGCUGGCCAAGCAGCACACCUUCCGUCUGCGCACCCCAGAUCUCUCCCUGACGUUGUUGGGAGUGGCAGUGGUUGGCCAGGAGUGUGAAGUUCAGAUCGUGUUCAAGAAUCCCCUGCCAGUUACCCUCACCAAUGUUGUCUUCCGGCUCGAGGGCUCCGGCUUACAGAGACCCAAGAUCCUCAAUGUUGGCGACAUCGGGGGCAACGAGACGGUGACACUGCGCCAGACGUUUGUGCCUGUGCGACCAGGCCCCCGCCAGCUCAUUGCCAGCUUGGACAGCCCACAGCUUUCCCAGGUGCACGGCGUCAUCCAGGUGGACGUGGCCCUGGCCUCCGGGGGCGUCUUCUCAAACACUGGAGGCGACAGUGGCCCAGGGGAGACCAUCCCUAUGGCAUCUAGAGGUGGGGCUUAGCCCUGGGCCGGGAGCAAUGGGACUGCAAUCAGAUUAAUAAGGACACUGCCCCAAGGCAGGGGCCCACCACAGAGCAGCUCCCCUGGGGCUCAGGUGGGAAGGCCGGGACACCGGGGGAGGGAGCCAAUCUUCAUUUGCACUUGGUGGCACAGAUGCUAAUAAACUGUUUUUUAAUGAA